AUGAGCUAUAUUUACAACAAGGAGCCUCCGACACAUGGAAAGGUCCUGGUAAAGACGACACUGGGUGACCUGGACAUCGAGCUGUGGAGCAAAGAGGCUCCUCUGGCGUGCAGGAACUUUGUCCAGCUCUGCAUGGAGGGCUACUACAAUGAAAUCAUCUUCCACAGAAUUGUCCAAGACUUCAUAACUCAGGGAGGAGACCCCACAGGCACUGGAGAAGUGGAGAGAGCAAUAGGCCACACGUUCAAGGAUGAGUUUCACACUCGACUCAAGUUUGUCCGGAGAGGCCUCGUGGGCUGUGCCAGCUCAGGCGCCAAUGACAACGGCUCGCAGUUCUUCAUCACCCUCGGACGGGCCGACGAACUGACCAAGAAACACACACUCUUUGGGAAAGUGACAGGCGACACUCUCUACAAUCUCGUACAGUUCAACGAGAUCCCCACUGAUAAGGAGGACCGACCUCUCAACCCCGUACCUCACAUAACCCGUACCGAAGUCCUGCAGAACCCGUUUGACGACAUUGUUCCCCGAGGCGGCUCCGGAGGCUCUCUGGAGAGAAAGACUGAGGAUAUCAAGAGCCAAUCUAGAGCCACCAAAAAUUUUAGUCUCCUGUCGUUCGGGGAAGAAGCGGAAGAGGAAGAGGAGGAGGCAAACCAAUCCAGCAAGGAGCUGAAGAUUCGCAGCAGUCACGAUGUGCUCAAAGAGGACACGAGACUGAGCUCUCAGCCAGCUGUCGACCCAGCUGUCUCAUCGCUAGGGGAUGGGAGUAAAGAGGAAGGGAUGGUGAGUUGAGUGUUUGCACUUCUACUGUGGAACACCGCUAAUUUUGUGUCUGUGUGUGUGUGUGUGUGUGAGUGUAGGAAGAGGAGGAGGAGGGAGGAGGGGAGGGAGGGGAAGGGGAAGAGGCUGACAAGGAGUGGGAGGAGUACACGAGGGCGAGGGAGAAGAGACUGGAGCUCAUGGAGGAGCUCUGGGAAGACGAAGACACUCGCAAGAGGAAAAGAAAGGAACAACUACAGAAGGAAUCCGAAGCUCUGAAAAACGAACUUCGCCAGAACGCAAAGAGAAAGAGACUCGAACAGAAAGUGAAACUUGAGCAAGAGGAAGACAAGUGGAAAGGUGUCAGGAGUCCCGGCUCCAGUGAGGGAACUGAGGGAGGAACAAGAAGCAUAUCGGAAGAAACGUGUCUUGGAGAAAGGAGAUAACAGACAGCAACAGACGAUGGAGCUACUUGAAAGGUUCAAGAUGAAGCUGUUCACUGCCCGACUCAGAGAGGGGAGAGAGGAGGAGGGAGGGGAGAGAGGAGGAGGGAGGAGAGGGAGAGAGAAGAGAAGGCAAAGGAAGAGGGAGACAUUGACUGGUUGAAACACAGGCUGGAAUUUGCUGACGAGAAGACAGUGAUGGUUGCCAAGGACGCCAACAUUCAGAACGAGGAUACGUUUGACAUCUACGACCCUCGCAACCCCAUAAACAAGAGGCGGAGGGACGAGGGUGUGGCUGAGGCCAAACGCAUCCGAGAGAACAGUCUGAAAGAGAGAGCAGAGAGAGCUAAAAGAUAG